UUUCCCUCACCUACAGACCAGAGAACAUCCUGCUGAAAGAUGAAAGCUCAGCUAAUCACACUUCUUGCAGUCUGUCUGCUUCCCACUGUUGUGAGUAACGGCUCUGCAGCUGGUUGGUGCUAUCACCUGCCAACCUGCAAUUACACCACAUGGGCUGCUUUAGUGCCUGAACACUGCAGCGGCGCCCGUCAGUCUCCUGUUAAUAUCAUCACCGCUGAUGUUCAGGCAGAUCCCAGCCUGACUGCCUUCACCUUCACUGGGUUUGGUGACAGUUCCUCAGUCCUGCAGAUAGUGAACGCUCGCGGCAAGACAGUGAAAGUUCUCCUGGAUGACAGGAAGAUGAGUGUUUCUGGAGGGGGUCUUCCAGGCCUCUACAGGACCCAACAGUUCCACCUCCACUGGGGCAACGGCAGCUCUAAACCUGGAUCAGAGCACACUGUGAAUGGAAAACAAUAUCCCAUGGAGCUGCACAUUGUAAAUGUCAGAUCCAUUUACCCGAAUGCUAGGACUGCUCUCAAGCACUCAAUGGGUCUGGCAGUUCUUGCUUUCUUCAUCGAAGCAACCAAUGAUCGUGGCAAGCCGGCAAGCUGGAAUAAUCUGACCUCCUACUUGUCACGUAUUCCUGACAAAGGUGAUGUGUUGGACAUCAUGCACGAACUCACUAUGGACAGUCUUCUUCAAGGGGUGGACAGGACUAAAUAUUACCGUUACCUCGGCUCCCUGACCACGCCCCCCUGUAAUGAGACUGUGGUGUGGACCGUCUUCAAAGAGCCCAUCAAAAUCAGCCAAGACUUGAUCAGCCUCUUCAGCACGACCACAUACGUCAAUACGAAAGACGAUCCUCUGAACACCAACAACUUCAGAGGAGUUCAGCCUCUCAACGGCAGAGUGAUAACAUCGCAGAUUUAUUAAUCAGCAGCUAUAAUUUAUCAAUACCUGUCCAUCACCACGAAUACCACACUGCUGCAGUCUGUACCCUGCUGGUCGCUGUAUGCAUUGGUUGGACUGAAUCCUGCUUCUCUGCUACAAUUAAAAGAAUAUUCAAAAACAAAAUUUGCUUUUUUUCUUUCUACAUUGGUUUAGAAAAAUGUACUGAAUAUAUAAAGACAGAUAACUUAAAAUUCA